AUGUCGUGCCCUAAAGUCUUGGGCACCCAUUUAGAAAUCGAUCCUCUCCUUCUGACUGGUUCUUCUUCUCAACCUCGAAUAAUCCCAGAUGCCUCCUGUUUACGCCACUCAUCGAAUAUCACUCAGCGUUUUACCAUCAAGGCCAGAGAUUCAGAAGCUAUAGGGUUUUUAAAGCCAAAAUCCCGUUUCCACUUGGCCGCGUUCAAUGUCCGCACGCUCUAUCAGAUUGGCCAACAAGUUGCCCUGGCUAAAACUUGA